AUGCGGGAUGCGGCACGCCGGUGCGAGAGCAUAGUGCGCCAUGUAGUGCCCAACGCCGCUGCAGGCGCCACGAGCAUGGAGGCCGUGGAGUCAGGCUCGCCGGCCACCGUGGCGGACCUGCUCCGCGACUACGACGCCUUCCUGCUCGACUGCGACGGCACGCUCUACCACGCGGGAGACUUGCUGCCCCACGUGCCCGAGACGAUCGGGUACUUGCGAAGCCUUGGGAAGAGGGUAUUCUUUGUGACCAAUACCUCCUCCAGGAGCAGCGAGCAGCUGCAGGAGAAGCUCGCUGGCAUGGGCGUCGACUGCGUCGCGGACGAGUGCGUUCCUGCUUCGGGGAGCAGUCAUGGCACACACAUGAACGUUCGGAGGUCCACGUGGAUUUCUUGGAUCGGCCGCUGGCGCCGCCAGGGGGGUCCGGCGCCGAUAUUAUGA